AUGCCGAGCGAGGAUACUAAGCGACGCUCGCGUCUUGUGGACGAGAAUGACGGAGAAACGGUGGAAUUCACCACGUCCAAGGACAUUACUAUUUUCCCCACAUUUGAGGCCAUGGGGCUCAAGGAAGAUUUAUUACGCGGUAUUUACUCGUAUGGAUUUGAAAAGCCUUCAGCUAUCCAGCAACGUGCUAUCAAGCCUGCUAUUCAAGGUCGUGAUCUAAUUGCUCAAUCGCAGUCUGGAACCGGCAAGACAGCGGUGUUCUCGAUCUCUAUUUUACAAUCUCUUGAUACUUCCAGCAACGAAACGCAGGCAUUAGUCAUUUCACCAACUCGUGAAUUAGCUGAGCAGACACAAAAAGUGGUGUUGGCAUUAGGAGAUUUUAUGAAUGUGCAGUGCCAUGCUUGCAUUGGUGGCAAAAGUGUGGGUGAAGACAUCCGUCGACUGGACUUUGGUGUACAGGUAGUGUCGGGCACACCCGGUCGGAUAUUUGACAUGAUUCGUCGUCGUAACUUGCGUACACGCAAUAUCAAAAUGCUGGUAAUUGAUGAAGCGGAUGAGAUGCUGAACAAGGGCUUUAAGGAACAAAUCUAUGAUAUCUACCGCUAUUUGCCACCAUCGACGCAGGUGCUGCUAGUGUCGGCUACAAUGCCACAGGAAGUACUCGACUUGACGCGCAAAUUUAUGAAUGAACCUGUGAAGGUGUUGGUGAAGCGUGAUGAGCUGACACUGGAAGGCAUCAAACAGUUUUUUGUAGCUGUUGAAAAGGAGGAGUGGAAAUUUGAUACGUUGUGUGAUUUGUACGACACAUUGACCAUCACGCAAGCUGUGAUCUUUUGCAAUACGAAACGGAAGGUGGACUGGCUCACUUCCAAGAUGCGUGAGGCCAAUUUUACGGUGUCAGCAAUGCACGGUGACAUGCCACAAAAGGAGCGUGAUGCCAUUAUGCAGGAGUUUCGGUCAGGUGGUUCUCGUGUGCUUAUUACGACCGACGUAUGGGGUCGUGGUCUGGACGUGCAACAGGUGUCGCUAGUUAUCUGCUAUGACUUGCCUAACAAUCGCGAGCUGUACAUCCACCGCAUUGGUCGCUCUGGCCGUUUUGGACGCAAAGGUGUUGCUAUCAACUUUGUCAAGGAUGAUGAUAUUCGCAUCCUGCGAGACAUUGAACAGUACUAUAGUACGCAAAUUGAUGAGAUGCCAAUGAACGUGGCAGAUCUCAUUUAG